GGUAUCGGGUGUGUCACCACUGCUGGUGUGUGCGCGCGGCGUGGCUCCUAUAAAAGAGCGCGUGGCGAGUCUGGAUUCUGUCAGUUCUCAGGUGUGCAACAUGGCAACCAGGUGGGCAAUCUGCGGCGCGGGGAAGAUCAGCCAUGACUUCUGUGUGGCCCUGAGGACUCUCCCGGCUGAACACCACCAGAUCGUGGCUGUGGCAGCUCGCAAACUGGCAGACGCUCAGGAGUUUGCCAAAAAACACAACAUCCCCACAGCCUAUGGCAGCUAUGAGGAGCUGGCCAAGGAUCCCAAUUUCGAUGUGGUGUACAUCGGCGUCAUCAACCCCUACCACCUGCAGAUGAGUCUGCUCUUCACCAAUGCCAAGAAGAACGUGCUGUGUGAGAAGCCGCUGGGCAUGAACAGCAGGGAGGUGCGGCAGAUUCUGGACUCCGCCAAGAAGAACAACGUGUUUUUCAUGGAGGCGAUCUGGACCCGCUUCUUCCCGGUCUCGGUGGAGAUCAGACGGCUGCUGGAGCAGGGCGAGCUGGGCGACGUGAGGAUGAUCAGAGCGGAGUUCGGCCUGCCGCUGUUACACUCGGAGAGAGUGACGCAGAAGGAGCUGGGCGGAGGAGUGGUGCUGGACAUCGGCAUUUACCCCCUGCAGUUCAUCCUCAUGGCGUUCAACGGAGAGAAGCCCGAGAGCAUCCAGGCCAGCGGGGUCUUCCUGGAGAACGGAGUGGAUGAGACUGUGAUCGUCACCAUGAAGUUCUCCCAGGGCCGAAUGGCGUCGCUCAUCUGCUCCUCUCGUAUAGAGAUGCCCAACGAGGCUGUCAUAGCAGGAACAAAAGGCAUCGCCCGUGUCCCUAACCUGAUGUGGUGCCCCACUAUACUGGAGGUGAACGGCAAGAGGACGGAGUAUCCGCUGCCACAGCACGGCAUGCCCUACAACUUCGACAACGCCCCGGGGAUGAGCUAUGAAGCGGAGGCGGUCCGGCAGUGUUUGCUCAAAGGGCUGAAGGAGUGCAGCGUCAUGUCCCACGCUGACUCUGUCCUGCUGGCUGAGGUGGAGGAUGAGAUCCGCAGGCAGAUCGGAUCCGUCUACAGCCAGGACAAAGUGUAACUGUACCAAACCAGCUCAGAAUGUAUCUUAAUGUAUCGUAACAAUAAAAGAUUUUAUCACAGG